CUUACACCUAAACACAAAGCAUGCAUCAUCAAACGACAAUUUUGUCAUGUAUGGCGGGGGAACCAAAUUAUUUUCGUGAUCGCCAAAAUUUUGACGUGCGAUACUCUGCCUUCCAGACGAGACCAAAAGGAAAGGGACUGACGCCGGACCAGGUUAAGAAGCGCUGUUUCGGUGAGUACAAGUGCCCAGAGUGCAAGCGGAAGUGGAUGUCGGCAAACAGCUGGGCCAACAUGGGACAGAAAUGCAUCAAGUGCAACAUCAACGUCCACCCACACAAACAGCGCCCCAUGGAGAAGCCGGACGGCCUCGACAAGUCUGACCCAAACAAGGAGCAUCCCCAACACCUGUGCGAGAAAUGCAAGGCGCUCGGAUACUCCUGCGUCCGCGCCCACUAGCGGUGGCAUUCAACAACAGGGGGCUAGAUUUUCGUUUCGUUCCCUGCCGUGUUGUGCAUGAUGCACGCAAUCUGAUGCAUGAUGGGAAUUGGCUAGGAGCAACUCUUGAG